AUGAAAUUGUGUGUUUCUGCGUUUUCAUUUGGUUACGAAGAGGUGAAGGAGUCGCUCUCCAGGCUCAAGCUCAACACCAUGAACGACAACUCCGACGACAUUGCCAGUGCCCCUGUCGCUAUCUUUUACAGAUGGUCUCCGCAGCUGGAAUUGCUCGAUGCAUUCUUGAGCGAGAAGCAAAUAUGGAUGCGUUUUUCUUCCAUUCUUUGGGGAACCCUAAAUCUUGACACUGACCAUCGUAGUGUCAAGGAUGACGCUCGGUUUUCAUACCAACAAGAAAAUAUUGAAGGAGUACUGGUUAACAUUUCUCAAGUAACUGCUGAAGAUGAGAUUGGCAUUCACAUAUGGGACCUUAGAAAGUUGAGGUUUUCAGUUGCAGUCUUAAUGGGUAUUCCCAUUGACAAACAAACACUAGAGAUGCAAGCUAACAACCUGAAAGACAUCUCGAGCAAGUACGAGCACGACUGGGCGUCCUGA